GCAGUUGGCUGAAACCUUUUCUUUCUCCCUCCCUAUAUACCCAAACCCCCAGUAGCAUGAAGUCGAUAUCACUGCUCUGCGUGCGGAGUCGGAAAUAGCUAGGAACCAGUCUUUGUCAUCUUCUUCCGAGAGGAAUAGCAGCCAUAGAUUCCUAAUCCUCCUCACCCUUUACUCUGCAGUUGAGGGGUUUCAUUUUUCCUGAAUUCUUCACAUAUAUAUAUAUAUAUUAUCUAGCUUUUAUUUCCCUCUUUUCUCUUGUCGCCCAGUAACUGCUCCUACUGGAGGGUUUUGAGAAGGAGAAAAAGAUUUAUGUCGGCAGGGUCUGAAUCGCCUGUGAUUGGGGCUCCGUUGAAGCUCUGGAUUUCUGUUCUCUUUGCUCUCUGCUGCUGUCUUCACCAGCAGAGAACCAGCCUGCGUUUCCCAACAGUUUCGAUGCGUUUGAGGCCCAAAAGGACCUGUUCUGGAGCACGAGUCGAGUGUUUUGGGGGUUUUCACAUAAAGCGAUUUUUCUAUCUCUUCUUGUUCUUGAGAGGGCCUCUCACUUGAUACUGCUCUGUUCUCGAUAUUGAUUACCUUGUCCUUCCUUUUCCUCUUCGAUUUUCUUUUCUUUUUUCUUUUCUUCGCUUCCAAACAAGAUUUUCCGAGUAUUGUUUUGAGGGGCUUCGGGGUGUCAACGGCGAAGAAAUGCCCGAGCUUCGUGUACAUCCACCAUCAAAUCACGAUCAGUUCUGCGAAAAACCAAAGCACAAACCAUUUUCUUCUGAAGAGAACACUAGAAUGGUGAAGAAAAUCCGCGUGAUUUGUUACGAUCCAGAUGCUACGGACUCGUCAGAAGACGAGAAAACUGAGAAACCGUACGGACCGAAACGUAUUAUCCGAGAGAUUAUCCUUGAUAACGGUUCUCUCAAUCAACCCAAACCUAUGGAAGCCCCCAAAAAGAAGAGGGUUAAAACCCUGAAUCUGAAUAGGCGGAGGCCAACUGGGUCAAAAUUCAGGGGCGUUCGGCAGCGAAAAUGGGGCAAAUGGGCUGCUGAGAUUCGAGACCCUUUCAAAGGUAGGAGGGUCUGGUUGGGCACUUACAACACUGCGGAAGAAGCAGCCCAAGCUUAUGAUUCGAAGAAGCUUGAAUUCGAGGCCAUCGCUGCCGCAACGGAGAAGAGUUGCAGCCACUCUGUUUCGGAGGACUGCGAGAGCUCCUCGACCCGCUCAUCGCCUUCAUCAGUCCUGGAAUUGGAUUCCUCUGCUUCAGCUUCCAUGGUUAAUACGAAAUGCAAUGAAACGGUAGAAGAUAUCGGUGUUCAAACCAAUGGUGCCGAGGAGAAACUGGUCGAUUCAUUGAUAGUGGACGUGCCUUUGGUCACUCCAGUUGAGGCCAAUGAUUCAGAGCCAAUGUUGCGUGAAAUUGGGGAAGGGUUAGACAUGGGGUUGGAGCUCGGUUCACUUUUUAUUGAUGAUUUUGGUAAUAUAGUCGAAGAUUUUGGCGACCUCAGCGAUCUCCAAAUUUGUGGGUUUGAGGAUGAUGGACCCAAUGAUCUUCCAGAUUUCGAUUUUGAGCUUGGCAUCGAGGAUCUGGCUUGGAUGGAUGAACCCCUCAAUAUAGCGUGCCUAUAAGUUUUGCAGGUAGGAGUUAGUACUAGUAGUAUAUUUGUGCCUAUAUAAGCAAGCUACAUCUCCAAGAACACUGAAAUAAGUUCUUGAGAUUGCGUUUUUGUUGCGUGAAAAUUUAUUUCUUCGUUUGUUAUGAGAGUUGUGGUUAAGGAUGAGUGAGCCCCAUUUGAUGUCUGGAGAGAGAGAGAGAGAGAGAGAGAGUCCCCUUGGUUUUCCUGUGCUUAUAGAGCCGUCCAAGGGUGAAUGGAUGAAUUGUUGAUGCAACAUCAAACAGUUUUGUGUUCAUUUCCUGUAUCUUUUGAUGAUAUAUUAAGUCAAUUUCCUAUUGAGUAAUAAGAUGUUGGCUUGCUAGUA